AUGGCGACUUCGACGGCGUCUACCACCAACAUCAUGCUCGCAAUCUUCGAGAAGAAAACCAAUUCGCUAGAUAUUUAUCGGCCGCUUCGCAACUUCAUAGUCAUCAAUUACUCGGAGCGCGAAGCCCAGAAUUUGGAGGACGAUCUCCAGACGCUUAAGGAGCUUCGAUCAGAUAUCGAACGAGGCCCAUCCGAUUCUUUUCCCGCACGCCGUGAUCUCCUGCAAAGUUAUUUUAAAGCCCUUUGUGCAGUCGAGUCCAGGUUCCCCAUUUCUCCCGAUAAGGAUCACAUCAAUACUGUGUCGUUUACUUGGUUCGAUGCGUUUAAGAAUAAACAAAAGGCUUCUCAACAGAACAUCCAUUUAGAAAAAGCUGCGGUGUUGUUUAAUUUGGGGGCGGUGCACAGUCAAAUGGGGCUGAGCUUUGAUCGGUCUUCUGCAGAGGGGAGGAGGCAGGCUUCACAUUCAUUUAUAGCAGCAGCUGGGGCUUUCGCGUUUCUGAGAGACAAUGUGGCAAUGAAAGCAUCAGUGGGAAGUUCGACAACCGUGGAUGUGUCAGUGGAAUGUGCAGGAAUGUUGGAGAGACUGAUGCUGGCCCAGGCACAGGAAUGCGUGUACGAGAAUACCAUAGCAAAGGGGAGUAGUCCUGGGGUCUGUGCAAAGAUUUCAAGACAGGUUGGGCUGUAUUAUGAAGAAGCUUUGGGAGCACUGAAUAAUGCAUUUUUGAACCAACAUUUUGAUAAGGCCUGGAUAGCCCAUGUUCAGCUAAAGGCUGCCUUAUUUUAUGCAGAGGCCUGCUAUCGAUAUAGUUUAGAGCUGCAUGAGAAAGAAGAGAUUGCUGAGGAAAUUGCACGUCUGAAGUGUGGGGUUAAUGCUUUGUCUGAGGCAAAAAAGUCAUCCUCCAAGGGGGCAGCUCAGCAGCUCUUGGAUGCAAUCACUAAAUUAGAAGCUAACCUGAAUCGAAACCUGGAGAGGGCUGUGAAGGAGAAUGAUAGAGUCUACUUAAUGAGGGUUCCUCCUGCUAGUUCUUUACCUCCACUUCCUACUUUUUCAAUGGUGAAGCCUAUGCCUAUGAAUGAGGUGCUAGAUGCUAGCAAGGAUAAGAUGUUUGCAAGUCUUGUUCCUGAUAGCAGUGCAAAAGCUCUUUCUAGGUACACUGAAAUGGUUGAUGAUGUUAUUAGGACUCAAGCUGAGAAAUUGCAGCAGGGAAGUGAACUGGCUCGAGUGAGAUUGAAGGAAAUGGACUUGCCUGAUUCAAUUCUUGCUUUGGAAGGAAAUUCUAAUCUGCCUCUAGCUCUAAAAGAAGAUGUAGAGGCUGUACAGAUUUGUGGGGGGCCAGCUGCCUUGGAAGGUGAGCUACAGCAACUUAAAGAUUUGAGGAGGGUUAACCAGGAAUUGUUAGUUCAGACUGAGGAGCUAUUACAGAAAGAGGCUACAGAGGAUGCACAAUUUAGAACUCAAUUUGGAACACGGUGGACAAGGCCCCAAUCUAGCACCUUAACAAAGAACUUGCUAGACAGGUUAAAUAGGUUUGCAGCAAAUUUGAAGCAAGCUGCAGAGAGUGAUGCUCGGAUUGAGAGAUCCGUGAGAGAACAUUCAGCACUCAUGUCUAUUCUUGAUCGUCGUCCGAUAGAAUCAGCCCUUCCAACUCUGGCAAGGCCAAUAAUGUCUUUGGAUGCCACCGAAGAUGCUAUAGUGGGAGCCCUGAAGCAAAGCUUGAGGCAAUUGGAGACUCUUGGUACGGAAAGGGCAAGUCUUGAAGACAUGUUGAAAGAGAUGAAGAGGAAGGAUGAUAUACUACCCAAGUUGAUGACUUCCACUGGCUCCUAUGAGGAUCUUUUCAGAAAGGAGAUUUCAAAGUAUGAUCACAUUUGUCAAGAAAUCGCUCAAAAUCUUGUGGCACAAGAACAACUGCUGAUGCAAAUUCAGGCUCAAAAUGAUCAGUUUGCUGCUAUCUUUAAUCUGGAAGAUUAUAAAGCAUCUCGUGAGAGGAGCUAUAAGCAGAUUGAGGCUGCCAUAGCAAAAUUCCAAGAAAUCAAGGAGAACAUCAAUGAAGGAUUGAAAUUUUAUGUUACUCUUCAGGAUGCAAUCAAUAUUGUAAAGCAGCAGUGCAGCGAUUUUGUGAUGACUAGAAACAUUCAGUGUCGAGAAAUGAUAGAUGAUGUUCAGAGGCAAAUUUCAGGUCUUAGUUUUCAGGACGGAAAAAGUUCUGGUGGUUACACUUAUCCCUCUGUUGGGCAGCCUCAUCAGGUUCAAAGAUCCAAUUCUUCACAAACAGCAGAGCCUGGGAACGUUCCGAAUUCAUCUCAUCCCCAAACCCAAACCUACCAGCCACUUCAGCAGUCGACAAUGCCUGCAUAUUCUCAUGCUCCUCCCCCUUACGUUUCUCAGCAACCUACACCAAUGCCACAACAGUCGGCACCUCCCUAUCACAUGCCUGGUUCAGGUCAUCCAUACCCACCUCCACAACACCAGCAACCAGCUGUGAGUCACGAUUAUGGCCAACCCGCAUAUCCUGGAUGGAGAGGCCCAUACUAUAAUGCACCUGCUCAGCAACCUGGAUCUGUGCCCCGCCCUCCUUACACCGUUCAGUCUCCAUAUCCGCCUCCCCACCAGAGUGGCUACUAUAGACAAUGA